AUGUCCUCUGCCGACACGACACCCAUCUCCGCCGAGCGCUUCGCCGCCGCCCUCCCCUCUCUCUCUCUUCCGCUCCUCGCCCUCAAAGUCCUCGAAAUUCGCAACUCCAUUGCCCAUUUACAAUACUCCAACGACCAGCUCCGACCCUUUGCCGCCGACGACAAUGACGGCGGCGCCGAUGCCGUCUGCGUCGACGCCAUUCGCGAAAACGAAGCCGUCAUCGAGCGCAUGGCCGAACGCAUCGCGCUGAUCCGGGUAGAAGUGGAAGACGUCCGCGGCGUGUCGUGGCAAGAUUUUGAGGACAAGGCGCAGAUAGAGACACUUGCGAGGGAGGAGGGGCGUUUGGCGAGUGGGCAGCAACAGCAGCAGGAACAAGAAGCGCAGGGGCGGCGGCAGCAGCAGCAGCAGCAGCAGGAAGCAGAGGGAGAGGUGACGGGGAUAGCGGCGCAGGUCAACGGCGUAGAGUCGUCGCCGUGGACGGAUGGUACGUUUCAGACGGGCACGAUACGGAACGGCGAGGUACACAUGGACCCGGUGCCGGGUGCGAGGGCAGCGAAUGGAGGAGGCGCGGGCGGCAGUCUCUCGGACGAGCAGCUGAGGGCGGCCAUGGAGGAGCGGAUGCGGCAGAUGACGACUGACGAGGAUGAGGAUGGCGGGUUGCACCUCUGA